AUGGCAAAUCUGAGUCACCCAUCUGAAUUUAUCCUUUUGGGUUUCUCAGCCUUUGGGGAGCUGCAGGUGGCACUGUAUGGGCCCUUCCUGGUACUUUAUCUUCUGGCCUUCAUGGGAAAUAUAAUCAUCAUUGCCACGGUCUUGGCCAGUGCUCAACUACACACACCUAUGUACUUCUUCCUGGGAAAUUUUGCCCUACUAGAGACUUUGGUCACCAUGACUGUAGUGCCCAAGAUGCUUUCAGACCUCCACGCCUCCACCAAGACAAUUUCCUUUGCUGGAUGCAUGGUCCAAUUUUAUUUCUGCUUCUCUUUUGGUUCUACCACCUUCCUGAUCUUGGCAGACAUGGCCCUGGAUCGCUUCAUGGCUAUUUGCUACCCACUCCGCUAUGGAACCCUUAUGAGCUCAGUAGUAUGUGUCUGUCUGGCAGGGGCAGCCUGGGCAGCACCCUUCCUGGCCAUGGUGCCCACUGUUCUGUCCCGGGUACAGCUCUCCUAUUGUCAUGGUAACAUCAUUAACCACUUUUUCUGUGACAAUACCCCACUGCUGCAGCUAGCCUGCUCCAAUACAUCUCUGUUAGAGUUCUGGGAUUUUAUGAUGGCAUUGACUUUUGUCCUCAGCUCUUUCCUGAUAACAGUUGUCUCCUAUGGCUAUAUCAUAACCACUGUGUUGCGAAUCCCCUCUUCCAGUGGCCGCCAAAAGGCCUUCUCUACAUGUGGCUCCCAUCUAACUCUGGUCUUUAUUGGCUAUAGCAGCACAAUCUUUGUCUAUGUUCAACCUGGGAAGGCACAUUCUGUGGAGCUCAACAAGUUUGUGGUCUUAGUCACUUGUAUCCUGACUCCUGUCCUCAAUCCCUUUAUUUUUACCCUCCGCAAUAAGACAGUGAAAGCUAUCAUCCGAGGACAGGUGCAAAGACUAAAAGACCUAAAGAAUUUAGCAUGA